AUGUAUGAAGACCCAUUCUCGUUGAUAACUGCAAGAUUCAAUGAGGAUGACUAUGAUGAUUUAGCAAUGGUAUCAUCUCUGUCAGAUACAUUACAAAUUCUACUCGCUUCUGAUGAUCAACAAUUUAUUCAGCAAACUUAUCUCACCAGUCACCAUCCGACAUCUGUUGCCAAAAUCAACUUCAAUAAUGACCAAAUCGAUGAUAUAGCUGUGUUGCACUGUAGUGAAACAAUCAACAUUUUUCUUGGAACAAGUAGCGAUUUAUUCAAUCGAAAUUAUUUAUCAUUUAGCAUAAAUGAAGAAAUGCUCAACGAUUGUGCACAAUCUAUCAAAGUCGCUGAUUUGAACAACGAUGGAAAGGAUGAUCCAGUUAUUGCAGAUACUGGAACGCAUACUGUACGAGUUUUGUUGGACAUGCGUUGUAAUGAAUAG